AUGCAAUGGUGUUUAUUGAAAAUACUGAAACAUAAUUAUCCUACAUUUUGCACUUCAUGGAGUUUAAUUAAUGGUCAACUUCUGGUGGGUGGAGGAGCCAUUGUUCUUUGGGAUCAAGAUAAAUCUAGCGAAGAUAAUCAUAAUAAAUGGACCAAAUUAUGGGAACAAAGAGUUGCAUCUAAAAUAAUUCAUGCUGAAAUUUCUCCGGAUUCUACAUUAAUUGCUACAGUUGGAGAGUAUGAUAGAUUGGUUAAAAUUUGGUGUUAUCCUAAAAGUGAUUACAAGGAGUGGAAAUAUAAAUUUCAUUAUUUGCCACAUCCAAGAUCCGUGACAAACUUUUCAUGGCGUAAAGGUCCAGUUGAUCAGAUAAAUUCACAAGGCAGCAACAUUCUUUUGACAGUAUGCAAGGACGGGAUAUGUAGAAUAUGGGCUGCAACAAAUCCCGAUGAACCUUACAAUCUUUAUAUAUGCACAGUGGUUGAUCCUGAGCAAUCGUUGGUGACUUUUCCUUCUUCAGAAGAAGAAAGAAUGUGUCACGGGAAUCCUGAUUGUUUCUCACCCAUUCAUUGGAUACAUCCAAGAGAAUUUCUGAUAUCUCUUAAACUGGCUAUAGAUUCUUUUGAUAGUGAAAAAGAACAAACCCAGAUAGGUGCUGGGUUAAAAAAAUUGAAAGAUCUUGCAAAUGAUACACCGGAUUUGUUAUAUCAGAUUCAAAAAGAUGGUUCUAUGGUUAUUUGGGGAAUAAGAAAUGUUUAUUGUAGACCAAGACGAAUUCCAAAAGUUCUUGUUUUACUUCGUGCGUCUCAGGCGCUUCCAUCAUCUGAUUCCGAUUAUUUCCAUGGGAGCACAUUUGUAUUUCAUGAUAAUACAAGUUCUGAUUUUAAGAGCACUUCAGUAGAACUUACAAUAUUAGCUCAGAGUCCGCAAGGUCGUAUUAACAGAUAUUCAACUCGACUUGUUGAAGUAUUUGAUAAUUUAUCUCCAUUGCAAUUGAAAUAUUCAUGGAGUGGUCAUCAUGAUGAUGUCAAAACUAUUAUCAAAUCUCCUGGAACUGAUUGUUUCGUUUCACUUACUAAUAAUGGAAAAGAAGCAAUCUUGUGGGAUGUUACGAAGCCUGAUAUAUCGCAGCUUGUUAAACAAAUUGGCCCAAAAAUUAUUGAAAAUGCUCCGGCUUAUGUGGACUCACGAAUCAAGCUUGCAUGUGUGCUUUCUGACGAACAUGCAGGUCCAAUAAUUAAUUUUGUUUCAAAGACUUAUCUUCCUAUUGAUAGUCAGGUUAAAAUGGCUAUUUCUGUUGAACAGUGGGCGGGGUCUAAUAUAAGAUGUUAUCCAUCAGAAAAUUUGUCUCCUCCUAUAUUAUUAACAUACUCCGACGAUGGUUAUAUCAGAUAUUGGCAAGCCAAUAUGAAAUAUAAUAGCGACGAUCCUAAUAAUGACAAAGUACUUUGGAUGGAAGAAGUUAUUUUUGAUAUUGGAACUAAAAAUCCCGUGUUAAUCAAAUGUGGUCCACAAGGGAAAGCUGCAGUUGAAAAUGAUUAUGAAGUGACAAUAUGGGAAUGUAUAACUAAAAGAUUACCUCCUGCUAAAGAUUUUAUAGAAGGAUUUAGUGAAAAGAUUGUUGAUAUAGAUUGGCUUUUCACUUCUAAUGCAGAGAUUGUAUUAGCUGUGUCAACGUCACAGAAAAUUUGUAUUUAUACUCAGCUUCGCAAGCAUCAUGUUUCCGAGCGAGGCUCUUGGAUAAUGUUUUCAGAGAUAGACAACCCUUGUGCAGGUUCACUUAUUGUAGCUAACUGUAAUCAGCUUCGUUGUUAUAAUAAGUGGUUAACAGAAGAAAGUAUGAAAAAAGUUUCUAGUAUAACUGGAAUCAAUCAAAAGUAUACUACAUUAUUUCAUGUUGUUGACCAUUUGAAUGGUCCUUUACCACAUCAUCACCCAACAUUGCUUUUACAGCAUAUUCUUUGGGGUAAAAUGGAUUUAGUUAAGCAAAUUCUUGCUCAUCUUUAUAAAUUCCUUAAAAUAUUAAUUGGAUCAAAUAAACCUAUUAAACGAAUCCUUCCCUUACCAUUUGAUAAAUUAUUCCAAGCCCAAGAUGAAACGCCAAAGGUAUCAACAAAAACUCGUCGUUAUAGUCUCCUUUUUGGAGAAGAUAGUGAUGAAGAAGGAUCUCAAGAAACCUUACUCGAGUUUACAGAGGAAACGGCUAAUUUCUUGAGUGAACAAUUAAAGAUUAUUUCAUUGCCUGAUUUGUCACAUGUCGAACAAGCACAAUUGUUAGCUUUAAUUGAUACUAUCAAUCAGGUAGAACAUCAAAAACGUAGUUUGGAUGAAAAUGGAGUUCGUUACGUGUUAUUUAUGCGACGUUAUCAUUAUUUGAAUCGUUAUAAACUAUCUUCCGGUAUACGAACACCCGGUUUAAAUUAUCGAGAUAUGAACUGGGCAUUGCAUAGUGAUUCUCAGGAUCUUUUAAUAGAAUAUAGUAUCCAAGCAUCUGGCGGGAAAUUUUUAUGGGAAGAUGCAAGAAUACACGGAAUUUUUUUAUGGCUUCGGAGUAAUGAGUCAGUUCGACAACAAUUUGAAAAUGUUGCUCGUAAUCAUUACAUGUCAAAAGAAGAGAGAGAUCCAACGGAUUGUUCUCUUUUCUAUAUGGCAUUACGAAAAAAGAAAUUAUUGUUAGGAUUGUGGAGGACUGCUAAUUCACACAAAGAACAAACUCUCAUGUUGAAGUUCCUUGUAAAUGAUUUUACUGAACCCAGAUGGAAAACAGCAGCUUUGAAGAAUGCUUAUGCUUUGUUAGGCAAACAACGUUAUGAAUAUGCGGCAGCCUUUUUUCUCCUUGGAGAUCGGUUAAAAGACGCUGUUAAUGUGUGUUUAAAACAUCUAGAUGAUUUUCAAUUAGCUAUUGCCAUAUCCAGAGUUUAUGAAGGUGAAGAGGGGCUUGUUUUGAAGAGUAUAUAUGAAGAUCAUGUCAUUCCAAUGGCAAUAAGAACAGGAGAUCGAUGGUUGGCUAGUAUGGCUUUUUGGUCAUUGAAUCAGAGAGAUAAAGCUGUGAAAGCAAUAAUGGUACCCUUGGAAACGCUGUGUGAUCAUAAAACAGAAUCAACACCUUUAACCACCGAUUCUCCUGAUGCAGCUUUAAUAGUUUUAUAUAAGCAGUUAAAGGAUAAAUCUAUUCAAACACUAAGAGGUGCAGCAGAAAUAUCGUUUGAAAAAGAAUAUUUCUUUGUGUUAAGAAGUAUCUUUGCUUAUGAUCGUAUGGGAUGUCCGCUGUUAGCACUUUAUCUUGUACAGACAUGGACCUUUUCACCGCAAUCAGACCCAGAAAGGCCAGAUCAUAUUUUAAAAUCUAGACGUCGAACAACAAUUUUUGAUAUACCAUUAGCAGCGAGUGAUGAUGUGAUCUCAAAAGGUGUUGUGAGUUUUGAUACAUGGAGUUGGGAUGCACCAGUUUCACCAGUUUCACCGAUAUCUGUUAAACAUUUAACGGAUAAAGCUGAAGAUAUUUUUUCAGAUGAACCAAGUCCUAUAGCUAGUCCUAUCACACCCAAAAGAAUAUCAUUUACUGAUACAACGUUUAAGGAUUCAUCAGGUGAUGAUAAUGUUUGGGGAUGGAAUUCACCUAAACAUUAUCAAAAAGUAAACUCGUUUAAAGCAAAAAAGACUGAUAUCUUUGCUGAAAAGAUUUAUAAAAAUGAUAUUGAAAAAGACUCGGAAAAUAUUACAUUAUUAGAUGAUAUAGAUUUUUAUGAUUAUAAAGUUUCAUUGGUUAAAAGAUUAUGCCAGCAAUUAUUGGAUGCGGUGAUGACUUCCCAAGAAGAACCAGAAUUAUUCGAACAAAAUACCUAUUAUAAUGAUUAUGUUAGCAGGGUCGAACAAGGAUUGGCAACAAUAUGUGAAAAUGUUAAAGUUCCAAUGCCGGAUAUCAAAGAAUUAUUAAUAUCAUAUCCUUUAUUUAAAGAAAUCGUUUUUUGA